GUCACAUUCGUCGUUUGUAUUGAUUUACCGAGGAGCACAAAGAAGGUUGGGUGCCAACAUUUUCUACUUCCUUAAGUGCUGUUAACUGCUGGCGAUAAUUUAAUGGCGUCGCUUAACUCCACACUUGAUGUUGUCUACGAAGGACGCAGAAAGAAACAGUUAUUGAAGAGCGAGAGAUUUGUAGCCUUCAAAGAUGAUAUCAGGAGGAGUUUCGGAAUCAUAGGACAAUUUCAUUUAGUUGCCUACAAGAACAAUGGCCUAGAUUAUGACAUCCAAGACGACAAUGAUGUUGCAACAUUGCUGACAGGUGACUCCCGCCUGCUGGGGAUAGUAGCUUAUCAAGGGGGACCCUGCACCAUUUGGCUUGGAAGAGAGGAGCACUCCAUCACUCGGGUUCCUGCAGCCAACACCCACCUAAUGCGUCUAGCAAGGGAAGUAGUUUUACCAGACUUCAAAAAGACCGAGUUUGUUGAGAAUCUCCGCAAACUUUUAAAUUCCAUCAAGUUGGCGAAGUACCGGCUAUAUGUUACUAAUACCGGACUUUCGACUGAUCUAAGCAACAUGGUAAGUGAUGACUUGAAACCAGCAUUAGGCCGUUGUAGAGAAACAUUCCAAACUGUGGUUGAAAAGAACAGAAUCGUAUUGGAUAAGAUUACUGUAGUGAUCACCCACCUGCGUGAUGGGCUUGAAGAGUUUGUGGAACCCCAUCUGAGGGAUAUCGCCACCCAUGCUGCUAUGAUGGAAGAGGAGUCUGGAGAAAGGGUGAAAGAACUGGAAAAUGUGGAGGGAAAGGUGCGUGAGAUACUGAGAAGGGUCCAGGAAGUAAUCGGUGGUGGCGAGGAGAUUGUCCGCUAUCUCGAAGAGACCGUAUGCGCCAUCAGGAAGGUGCAGUCUGUCAUGUCUGACAUGAAAAGCUUCUGGUCAAAUGUCAAGGCAGCCAUCUGCAGUCUCAGCAGCAGCACGUUUUUGGCUGAUAUAAAGGAAUCGGUAGGAACUGCAGAAGGACAAACUGAUGAGGAAACCCACAAGAGGUCUGCUCGCCACAUGUGGAGAACGAAGGCCUUUAAGCUCACUGGGAUAGCCUUCAUUUCGAAGCAUGCAGCGAUCCGCGACAUAUGCUUGGACUGCCAAGACCCCAUGAGAACAUUUCAAAGAGACCUGGUGGAGUUUCUGGAAGAGAAUAUUCCAGAUAGUGGAGCCGCUCAGCAGAAAUACCAAGAUAUGAUAAGGGUAGUGGAAAAUCCGGCGAGGGAGGAAAAUGUCGACAAUGAUGAAACAAUUGCUGAAGUUCGGGAGGUAUUGGGCCUGCCUUAUGACAACACGGUGAUGCGAAUGACCCAAGCCAGGCAUGAAAGCGGUUAUGCUGACCUCCGCUUCUCAAGCGAAGCAGACCUUGAAGAAAAUGAGAAUGCACUCGACGAAAUUUUUCCCUUUUUGACACUACAACAAAUCGAGUAAUUCUAUGCGUUAUUGACACUCAAUUCACUCCAUUUGAUAUUCGAUUUUUACACUGGCAGGUGUUUCUCCGUCCAAUGGGGUACUUUUGUCUCACUUGUUGAAUUGUGGGAAGAUGCGUGGUGAUAUGGAUAUGUGUUAAUCCUUAUAUAUCCAAGUUAUUUUUAUGUUUUCUACUUUAUACGUGUGUGCCUGAUACGAUAAUACAUUGUCACACUAUAAAUAAUAUAAAAAUAAAAUACCAUAUAUUAAAGUGGUCUGUACAUGCCAUGCAUGCUCCAGAGCACUGUACAUAAAAACGACCAAGAAGAAAAGUUCUAAAAACAUUAUAAAAG